CUUCUGGAUGUGAGGCAGGCGGAUCUCACCCACGCCUGCCAGCAGCUCCUCGGAGAACUGGGUUCCCGGGUCAGCCCUGGCCCAGAGGAGCGCCGGGGACCCGCAGAGUGCUGCUGAAGUCAAGGCUACAACUCACCUAGGAUCUGGGGCGCCAGCCCUCCGGUGGGCAGGGCGUUCUCCUCCCCCACCCCCUCCCCGCACGAUGACAUCAAGUGUUUGGGGUUGAGUUGCUCCAUAAAAGCUGCCCGGGGAAACCUGGAGAGCGAAGGGCGGACGUACUCGCCACGGCACCCGGGCUGCGCGCACUCGGUCCCGGUGUGCAGCUGGAGCGUGAGCGGCCACCGGGAGCCCCCGGGACAGCCCGCGCCCGCCCCGCAGGAGCCGGCGAAGAUGCCCCGGCGCAGCCUGCACGCGGCGGCCGUGAUCCUGCUGGUGAUCUUAAAGGAACAGCCUUCCAGCCCGGCCCCAGUGAACGGUUCCAAGUGGACUUAUUUUGGUCCUGAUGGGGAGAAUAGCUGGUCCAAGAAGUACCCGUCAUGUGGGGGCCUGCUGCAGUCCCCCAUAGACCUGCACAGCGACAUCCUCCAGUAUGAUGCCAGCCUCACGCCCCUCGAGUUCCAAGGCUAUAAUCUGUCUGCCAACAAGCAGUUUCUCCUGACCAACAAUGGCCAUUCAGUGAAGCUGAACCUGCCCUCGGACAUGCACAUCCAGGGCCUCCAGUCUCGCUACAGUGCCACGCAGCUGCACCUGCACUGGGGGAACCCGAAUGACCCGCAUGGCUCCGAGCACACCAUCAGUGGACAGCACUUCGCCGCCGAGCUGCACAUUGUCCAUUAUAACUCAGACCUUUACCCUGACGCCAGCAUUGCCAGCAACAAGUCAGAAGGCCUCGCUGUCCUGGCUGUUCUCAUUGAGAUGGGCUCCUUCAAUCCGUCCUAUGACAAGAUCUUCAGUCACCUUCAACAUGUAAAGUACAAAGGCCAGGAAGCAUUCAUCCCGGGAUUCAACAUUGAAGAGCUGCUUCCGGAGAGGACCGCCGAAUAUUACCGCUACCGGGGGUCCCUGACCACACCCCCUUGCAACCCCACUGUGCUCUGGACAGUUUUCCGAAACCCUGUGCAAAUUUCCCAGGAGCAGCUGCUGGCUUUGGAGACAGCCCUGUACUGCACACACAUGGAUGACCCUUCCCCCAGAGAAAUGAUCAACAACUUCCGUCAGGUCCAGAAGUUCGAUGAGAGGCUGGUAUACACCUCCUUCUCCCAAGGCAUCAUCCUCUCACUGGCCCUGGCUGGAGUUCUUGGCAUCUGUAUUGUGGUGGCGGUGUCCAUUUGGCUUUUCAGAAGGAAGAGUGUCAAAAAAGGUGAUGACAAGGGAGUCAUUUACAAGCCAGCCACCAAGAUGGAGACUGAGGCCCAUGCUUGAGGUCCCCGGAGCUCCCGGGCACAUCCAGGAAGGACCUUGCUUUGGACCCUACACACUUCGGCUCUCUGGACAGUUGCAACACCUCAAGGUGUUCUCUGUAGCUCAAUCUGCAAACAUGCCAGGCCUCAGGGAUCCUCUGCUAGGUGCCUCCUUGUCUUGAGACCAUGGCCACCCCAGAGCCAUCCGAUCCAUGGAUGGGAUGCACUCUCAGACCAAGCAGCAGGAACUCUAAGCUGCUUGCUGUAUCUGUGUGAGAUUGUGAAGUGGUCUGAAUUCUGGGAUCACAAACCAAGCCAUGCUGGUGGGCCAUUAAUGGUUGGAAAACGCUUUCAUCCAGGGCUUUGCCAGAGCGUGCUUUCAACUGUCCUGGAAAUUCUGCUGCUUCUCCAAGCUUUCAGACAAGAAUGUGCACUCUCUGCUUAGGUUUUGCUUGGGAAACUCAACUUCUUUCCUCUGGAGACGGGGCAUCUCCCUAUGAUUUCCUUCUGCUAUGACAAAACCUUUAAUCUGCACCUUACAACUUGGGGACAAAUGGGGACAGGAAAGAUCAAGUUGUAGAGAGAAAAAGAAAACAAGAGAUAUACAUUAUGAUAUAUAGGGACACUUUCACAGUCCUGUCCUUUGGAUCACAGACACUGCACAGACCUUAGGGAAUGGCAGGUUCAAGUUCCACUUCUUGGUGGGGAUGAGAAGGGAGAGAGAGCUAGAGGGACAGAGAGAAUGAGAAGACAUGGAUGAUCUGGGAGAGUCUCACUUUGGAAUCAGAAUUAGAAUCACAUUCUGUUUAUCAAGCCAUAACGUAAGGACAGAACAGUACAAUAUUAAGUCCAAAUCCAAACUCCUGUCAGUGGAGCAGUUAUGUUUUAUACUCCACAGAUUUUUACAAAUGAGGCUGUUCCUUGAAAAUGUAUUGUUGCUGUGUCCUGGAGGAGGUGUGAGUUCUGAGAUGACCCAAUCUACCUUUGAAUCUGGAGGAAAUAGGCAGAAACAAAAUGACUGUAGAACUUCAUCUCUUUCGGCCAAAUUUCAUUUCAGCCACUUCUGCAGGAUCCCUACUGCCAACCUGGAAUGGGGACCUACCUACUUCUCUCUCUCUCUGGGGAUGUCAAAUUGUGGUUUAGAUCAAAUAUAUUUCAAGCUAUAAAAGCAGGAGGUUAUCUGUGCAGGGGCUGGCAUCAUGUAUUUAGGGCCAGUAAUAAUGGAACGCUACUAAGAUACUCCAUAUUCUUCCCCCUGAGUCACACAGACAGUUUCUGACAGGCGCAACUCCUCCAUUUUCCUCCCGCAGGUGAGAACCCCAUGGAGAUCAGUCAGUGCCAUGAAUGAGAAGGAACCGACCCCUAGUUGAGAGCACCUUGCAGUUCCCCGAGAACUUUCUGAUUCACAAUCUCAUUUUGACAGCAUGAAAUGUCCUCUUGAAGCAUAGCUUUUAAAUAUCUUUUUCCUUUUACUCCUCCCUCUGACUCUAAGAAUUCUCUCUUCUGGAAUCACUUGAACCCAGGAGGCAGAGGUUGCAGUGAGCCAAGGUCACGCCACUGCACUCCAGCCUGGGUGACAGAGCGAGACUCCAUCUCAAAAAAAAAAAAAAAAAAAAAAUCAUUCUGUACCAUCACAACUUUUCACAAUGAUGGCAAGCCUUAUGUCUUGGGAGCCUGUUUUGCUAGGCAAAGUUACAAGUGACCUAAUGGGGGCUCAGAUGUGUGUGUGUCUCUCUGUGUGUUUGUGUGUGCGUGUGCACUCAAGACCUCUAACAGCCUCGAAGCCUGGGGUGGCAUCCCGGCCUUGCCAUUAGCAUGCCUCAUGCAUCAUCAGAUGACAAGGACAACCCUCAUGACGAAGCAACAUGAAUUAGGGGGCCUCUUGGCCUUGGUCCAAAAUUGUCAAUCAGAAACGAACAUAAAGGGCUUCAGAGCAGUGGGACUGUCUGUCAAAAGACUCUGUAUAUCUUUUGUGGAUGAGUUUUGUGAGAGAACAGAGAGACCAUUGUACCUGGCACAAGGGCUGUUCAUGAAAAGGGAGACUUACUGGAAGGUGCAAGACAGUGGCAUUUCUCCUCUCCUCUUCCUGCUCAGCACAGCCCUGGCUUGCAGCCCCGAGGCUGAGACCAGACAAAGCCCGGGAGACAGAAAGAUGCUCCAAGAACCAGCACUGUCAAUGUCUUUGCAAAUCCUCACAGGAUUCCUGCGUGUCCAGCUUUGGAACUGGGAAACCUUUCUUCAGAUCCGCACUAAUUCCAUUGAUGCCAGCUGCCCCUGAAGGGUGCCAGUACCGUGGUGUGUGAGGCUCAGCGGCUGCCCACACGCUCCUAACUCUGCUGCAUGGCAGAUGCCUAGGUGGAAAUAGCAAAAACAAGGCACAGGCUGGGGCCAGGGCCAUGGGGGAAAGCCCUGGAUUCUCACUCGUGAGAUCUUGAAUCUCUUUCUUUGUUCUGUUUCUUUAGUAUCGUCUGGUAAAAUAGUUAAAACAAAAAACUCUGUAUCUGUUUCUAGUGUGUGCUGCAUUGACUCUAUUAAUCACAUUUCAAGUUCACCCUACAUUCCUCUCCUCUUCACUAGCCUCUCUGAAGGUGUCCUGGCCAGCCUUUGAGAAGCACUGGUGUCUGUCUGCAGCACCCGUCGGUUCCUGUGCCUCAGCCCAUAGGCCACUGUGAUAAUGUCCUGUUUAGCACUUCUGUAUUUAUUGUAAGAAUGAUUAUAAUGAAGAUACACACUAUAACUACAAGAAAUUAUAAAAUGUUUCUCACAUCA